UUUAGGGGAAGUCCGUUACACACUCUGCAAGGAACCUCCUGCCUCUUACACAGAUACCGCUUGCAGGACAGGACGCACUCCGGAUCACCUAAUCACCUGCCCUAAAAAAGGAUUUUGUUCUUCUUUUUUAUUUUACCAUCACCACCUCCACCUUUGUGUCCACCAUGACCAGGUCCAAAAUCAUCUGCAAUAUUAUGAUUGCCUGCCUGUUCCUGUGGUCGGUCAGCUCCCUCAUCAUCAUCGUGGUGUGGGCCACCUCUCCGGACAUGAAGGGCGCCAGCCAGUGCAGGACUGAUCUGCAGAACCUGACAGAGAAGCACGAGGAGGCCAGGGUGCUGUCCUCCAAGAUCAAGCAGGCCCUGGAGGAGAUGGUGGAGGAGGGCCGCACCAACCAGACCCGGCAGCUCAUGAACAUGGAGCGGUUCCUGAAGCGCCUGGGCAAGACCAACGUGUCCCUGGCUGACUGUCAUCAGGAAAGCGUUAUUUUGGGUGUAAACAUUACUGUCCUGGAAAAAGAGAUUGAGAUGCAUAAAGAAAUCGAGGCAAAUCUCACUUCAGAAAUCACGCUACACCAAGAGCACAUCAAAUUCCUUCAGGAUAACUUGACACAGACAUCUCAUAAGUGGGAGUCCUGCGAGGCUUUGUACUCAGCUGUUGAGAGUCAGCGGAUAGCAGCUGAGAGCCAGGCCAAGGACUGCGAGUCCAACAAGCAGUAUUUACAGAAGCAGCUGCAGAUGUGCAAAGUGAACCAUCACAGCGAGCCUGUGAAUGGCGGAGUUGCUGCAUCCCAGAGUAGCAUUCUUGCCCUGUCUGUUGUCCUCUUCGUCAGUCUGCAUUUGAUAACAUGAACAUGAUGCUGAGCCUGUGUGGUCAUUGAAGACAAUUACGACAAGUUCUCCAGGACAAUAAGAUGGACCUGGACUUGGUAUUAUAUGGUUAUUAGUGCUGAGCGAUUAACCAUCAUAAAAAAAAGUAAAAAGUUAUUAACCUCUCUGGGAUAGGCGGGACGCUUGCGUCCCACUUGGCCAAUAGCCAGGGAAAAUGUAGAGCGCCAAA